AUUCGACCAUCCACGUCCCCCGCGUCUGCCGGGUUUUUUUUCAUCGAGAAAAAGGAUGGGGGGUUACGCCCCUGUAUCGACUAUCGGGGGUUGAAUAAUAUUUGUGUGAAAUAUCCACAUCCUCUGCCCUUGAUCUCAGCCGCGCUUGAGAACAUUCAGCAGGCGCAAUGGUUCACAAAGCUAGACCUGAGAAGUGCGUACAAUCUAGUCCGUAUCCGGCAGGGUGAUGAAUGGAAGACUGCUUUCAGUACCACCCUGGGUCAUUACGAAUACCUGGUUAUGCCUUUUGGUCUUGCGAACGCACCCAGUGUAUUCCAGGCGUUUGUGAAUCAUGUGCUCGGGGACAUGAUCCACAAAGGCGUCCUGGUAUAUCUUGACGAUAUCCUGAUUUAUUCUGAUACGUUGGCCAAGCAUGUAUUGACUGUCCGACAGGUGCUCCAGAGACUGUUGCAGAACAGAUUAUAUGUGAAGUUGGAGAAAUGUGAAUUCCACAAGCAGAAGGUCUCCUUCUUGGGGUUCAUACUUACCCGAGACGGCAUUGCUAUGGAUCCGGGUAAGGUCCAGACCAUCCAGCAAUGGCCUCGCCCAACCACCACUAAGGCUCUCCAGCGAUUUUUGGGGUUCUCCAAUUUUUACCGCCGAUUCAUCAGGAACUUCAGCACGAUCGUCGCACCAUUGACAGCACUUACAGCGAGUAAAACCCCUCGUCUCCCGUGGAACCCAGAAGCCCAACGAGCCUUCGAGAACCUCAAAUCCAAGUUCUCUACAGCCCCCAUUCUGCAUCAACCCGACCCUGAGUUGCCAUUCGUGGUGGAGGUUGACGCCUCUGAGUCAGGGGUAGGCACUGUCCUUUCUCAGAGGCAAGGUAAGCCCGUGAAAUUAUACCCUUGCGCAUUAUUCUCCAGGAAACUGUCUGCGGCUGAACGAAACUACGACAUAGGAAAUAGAGAGCUCCUAGCAAUUAAGUUAGCCCUAGAAGAGUGGAGGCAUUGGCUAGAAGGGGCACAACACCCUUUUUUGGUAUUCACGGAUCAUAAGAAUUUACAAUAUCUGCAAACAGCCCGGCGCCUCAACGCGCGUCAGGCCAGGUGGGCGCUGUUCUUUUCUCGGUUCAACUUUACUGUCACUUACAGA